CUAAAGAGGAUUUCCAUGGGAUCGCAGGACAACAUGCCGCUGAAGCGAGACGACACUCAGCGAGCUCUGCAACUGAUGGAGGCCUGCUCCGAUGGGGUCAAAACGAGAGAAGCCGAGAAACUGCUCAACAUCUUCCAGAGUGACCUGUUUCAGGCUUUGCUCGACAUCCAGGAGUUCUACGAGCUGACGGUAUGUGAAAACCACGCGGUGAGCCGUCCGCAGACACCUGUCCAGAAGUAUCGUUACCAUGACGACGACGACCAGUCAAGCCCUGGAAACGUGACUGACGGACACGCCCCCGAAUUUGCGCGCACACACCUGGACACCAUCUCACGCCCUGCUGCGCUCACUAUGAACGGAUCCGAAGGCGAGUUGGAGUAUGAGGAGAUCACGCUGGAGAGGGGAAACUCCGGGUUGGGCUUCAGCAUCGCUGGAGGAACCGACAACCCUCACAUUGGAGAUGACCCGUCCAUCUUCAUCACCAAAAUUAUUCCCGGAGGAGCUGCCGCCCAGGACGGACGUCUGAGGGUGAACGACAGCAUCGUCUUCGUCAAUGACGUGGACGUGCGCGAGGUCACUCACUCGGUUGCCGUGGAGGCCCUGAAAGAGGCGGGGCCCGUGGUACGGCUAUACGUCCUGAGGCGACGCCCGCUCGGCGAGCACGUCGCCAAGAUCAAACUUAUGAAGGGACCCAAAGGUCUGGGCUUCAGCAUCGCCGGCGGGAUCGGCAACCAGCACGUCCCCGGCGACAACAGCAUCUACGUUACCAAGAUCAUUGAGGGCGGCGCAGCACAGCGGGACGGGCGGCUCCAGAUCGGCGACAAGAUUCUGGCCGUCAACCAUUUGUCUCUGGAAGACGUCCUGCACGAAGAUGCUGUGUCGGCACUGAAAAAUACAGGAGAGGUGGUCUACUUGAAGGUGGCCACGCCCUCCUCGCACUACAUCCACCCGGCUGAGCGAUUCAGCCCCCCGGACCUUACCAGCUCCUACAUGGAGCCGGACUACAUGUGCGAUUACCCCCAAGCCCUCCCGCCGCCGUCGCCUCGCCGCUACUCACCGCCCCACCGCGGCAUGAUGUUAGAGGACGACUACGGCCGAGAGCCCCGCCGCGUGUGCGUGCAGCGCGGUGCCAGCGGCCUGGGCUUCAACAUUGUGGGCGGAGAGGACGGCGAAGGGAUCUUCAUCUCCUUCAUCCUCGCCGGGGGGCCAGCGGACCUCAGCGGAGAACUCCAGAAGGGCGACCAGAUUCUCAGCGUGAAUGGCGUGGAUCUCAGGUUUGCAACGCAUGAGCAGGCCGCAGCGGCGCUCAAGAACGCCGGUCAAACGGUUACCAUAGUAACACAGUACAGACCUGAGGAGUAUAGCCGCUUUGAAGCCAAGAUUCACGACCUGCGUGAGCAGAUGAUGAACAGCUCGCCAGGAACCCUGCGAGCCAACCGCACCUUCUAUGUCAGGGCCUUGUUCGACUACGAUAAGACGUGGGACUGCGGCGUUCUCUCGCAAGCUCUCGACUUUAACUUCGGGGAGGUGCUUCACGUGAUCGACAGCGCCGAUGACGAAUGGUGGCAGGCCAGACGGGUCAACCAGCAGGGGGAGCUGGAGGAGCUGGGGUACAUCCCAUCCAAACACAGGGUCGAGAGGAAAGAGUGGUCCCGAAUGAAGACUCAAGGGCUGGUCCAGAGCUACGAGCCGGUAGUGCAGACUGAAGUGGACUACGCCCGACCCGUCAUCGUCCUGGGACCCACCAAAGACCGAAUCAACGACGACCUGCUCACCGACUUCCCAGACAAGUUUGGCUCCUGCGUGCCACACACGACUCGCCCCCGCAGGGACUACGAGGUGGACGGGCGGGACUACCACUUUGUGUCGUCCCGCGAGCAGAUGGAGCGCGACAUCCAGUCACAUCAUUUCAUCGAGGCGGGCCAGUACAACAACCACCUGUACGGCACAUCGGUGCAGAGCGUCAGACAAGUGGCCCGCCAGGGCAAGCACUGCAUCCUGGACGUGUCGGCCAACGCCGUCAGGAGACUCCAGGCUGCUCACCUUCACCCCAUCGCAAUCUUCAUCCGACCAAGAUCUCUGGAGAACAUCCUCGACCUGAAUAAGCGUCUGUCGGAGGAUCAGGCCAGGAAAGUUUUGGAUCGAGCCAUCAAAAUGGAACAAGACUUCCUCGAGUGUUUCACUGCCAUCGUGCACGGGGACACUUUUGAGGAGGUGUACCACCAAGUCAAAGUGGUCAUUGAGGAGCAGAGCGGCCCAUACAUCUGGGUGGUGACCCGUGACCGACUCUGAUUUUUCAGCAGAGGUUCUCCCCCCCCCUCCCGUGCACAUGUUGUGUAUCCAUGACAACGCUGGCGCGGGCCAAGUAUGAUCAGUAUAGAGUGUAGGUAAUGUGUUUAUAUUCUGCUAUUUAUUUAUGGAUUGAUUGAUUGAUUGAUUGAUGGAUGUGCUCUACACACACCGUGUGCGUGUGUAAAUACAACAAUGGGGCUCAAA